AUGUCUAUCUCCAAACAGGAGAAAGUACCUGCGGAAAAAGGAAUGUCAGCCUUCACUGGGGAAGACGGAAGAAACAACGCUUCUCCUAUCGAAGAGGGCAGCAUUCAUCCUUUGGGCUUGGACGAAGCCGGCGAGCAUGUCAAGGGUACUUUUACUGGAUCGACCGAGCAACACCCCUUUGCUAUACCAGCAAAUGCAGAAUAUUGGAGACAAGUUUACGAAGUGGCGAAAUACGAAGGUAGACAUCGAUUUGACCCGUUCUUUCAAUGGGGCCCGACCGAAGAAAAAAAGCUGGUUCGAAAGCUCAAUCUUUAUAUCAUGGUCUGGGUCUGGGUCAUGUUCUCGUCUCUGGAUCUGAUUCGAAGGAACCUGAACCGUGCAGUAUCGGACAACAUGCUCAAUGAACUGAACAUGGAUACAAACGACUUCAACACAGGUCAAACUAUCUAUCUAGCCUGUUUCUUGGCUGCCGAGCUUCCUGGGGGGUUGAUCAGCAAAAAGAUUGGACCGGAUAUCAUGACACCAAUUUGCAUCAUCUCCUGGGGAUUAAUCUCCGCCUGUCAAUGUGCCGUGACCAACAAAGCUGGGUUCUUUGUCACACGUGCAAUGCUUGGUCUAUCCCAAGGAGGCUUCAUACCUGAAAUGGUCCUCUACCUAUCGUAUUUCUUCAAGGGAAAUGAGCUGCCCAUCCGGCUAUCAAUUUUCUGGACUGCAAUCCCUGUCACACAGAUCAUAGGCUCCGUCCUUGCUGCGGGACUUCUUCGAAUGAGAGGUAUUGCCGGGUGGUCAGGAUGGCAGUGGCUGUUUUUGAUCGAAGGCCUCAUGAGUGUUUUGAUUGGGCUCAUCACCUUCCUAGUCAUGCCCGCCAGUGUCACUGAAACACGCAAGAUAUGCCGAGGCAGAGCCAGCUGGCUCUACGGAAAGUCUGGGUGGUUCACGGAGCGUGAGGAAAAGGUGCUAGUCAAUCGCAUCCUCCGCGAUGACCCGUCCAAGGGUGAUAUGAAUAAUCGGCAAGCGGUUAAUCUCAAGGGCAUUUGGAAAGCCAUUGCAGACUAUGAUCUUUGGCCAACAUAUUUGCUGGGCAUCACUGCUUUCAUUCCUUUUCAGCCUGCUGCUAAUUACCUCUCACUGACGCUCCGCACUCUGGGUUAUACUGUAUUCGAGGCCAACAUGUUGGCCGUCCCAGGAUACUUCCUAUUUCUUGUCAAUAUCCUUGUCAUUGUGUGGUUGAGUGAGAGAUUCAACGAACGCCUUUUCUUCUCAGCUGUUAGCAAUAUCUGGGUCCUUCCAUUCCUCAUCGGCCUCGUGGCAAUCCCGCGUACCGCUAGUCCAUGGAUCCGAUAUGCCCUUCUUACUGGGGUCAACGGCGAACCAUACACCCAUGCAAUUCUUGUUGGAAUGAUAUCGCGCAAUUCAAACAGUGUGGGAACUCGCGCUGUCUCAGCAGCUAUAUAUAACAUCUGCUAUCAAAUCGGCUCGAUUUGUGCAGUCAACAUCUAUCGUGAGAAUGAUCGUCCGUACUGUGAGUAG